AUGUUCGAAUCUCUCCUCGAAAGCCUAACUCUAGGCAGCUGCCUUCUCGUCGCACUGGCUUUCAGCCAAGCCGACUCCGUCAAGGGCCAGAACAUCGACAACUGCCCCAACGCUGGCUCGACUUACACGUCCAGGAACAAGGUUGGCUUCAACGUAUGCCGGCAGACCGACUAUGGCGUGGACAACCUGCAAAGCGUCAGUCAAGCCACGCUCAAUGCAUGUAUCGAAUGGUGCAGCACCACGCCCGGCUGCAUCUACGGUGUCUACGAUCCGGUGGCCAAGAUGUGCAAUUCCAAAGGUUCGCCCUACACUCCCAACUGGAAGUCGGAUCCGAGCUUCGAUUCGUUCGUCAUGACCAGUGCUGGUCUCGAUGCACCCGCCACCAAGACCAAGAACGGAAGGUGGAGCGAUGUGAUCCAGCUCCAGGUGAUUCCUGUAGCCGCUUACAUGGUACCACAGUUUCCUAGCGUCACCAAAUUCCUGGCGUUCUCGUCUUGGAGCCCCUCGACGUUCGGCGGUGCCGCUCAGUACCAGACUGCGUUCCAGAGCUACGACAUCACUUCCAACACCCAAAGCAGCUUCAUGGUGUCCAACACGAUGCACGACAUGUUCUGCCCCGGUAUCAAUUCGCUGGCCGACGGACGUCUCAUGAUCGAUGGAGGCAACACGGACGCCGCAACCACCAUCUACGACCCUGCCUCCAAUACCUUCAGCCGUGCUGCCGACAUGAAAAUGGGUCGUGGCUACCAGGCUUCGGUGACGCUCUCAGAUGGGCGCGGCUUUACGAUCGGUGGGUCUUACACUGGUGGCAUUGGGGGCCAGAACGGGGUACCAAUGAAGGAUGGCGAGGUUUACGAUCCUUCCAGCAACCAAUGGACCGCUCUGCCUGGUGCACAAGUGGCACCCAUGCUUACCACCUACGACAACGCCGGUGCAUGGCGCACCGACAAUCACGCGUGGUUAUGGGCCUGGAGCAGCGGAUCGGUGCUGCAGGCGGGACCUAGCAAAAACAUGAACUGGUACACCACUUCCGGCAGCGGUGGUGUCACAGCAGCCGGCACACGAAACGCCGCCAAUGAUCAAAUGUGCGGCGUCAACGUCAUGUACACCACUGGCAAGAUCUUUGGAGCCGGCGGUUCUCAAAGCUACAGCGAUGCGCCCGGCCUGAAAGCUGCCCACACCAUCACCAUCAACGGGGUCAAUCAGAAUCCUACGGUCCAGCAGCUGCCCGAUAUGUGGUACGGCCGAAUGUACGCCAACGCCGUAGUACUUCCGAACGGGCAAGUUUUCAUCUCUGGUGGGCAGACCUACGGAAAGGGGUUCAGCGAUACCAACAGCGUCUUGCAGGCAGAGAUCUGGGAUCCAAAGACCAACAAAUUCACUCUGGUGGGUGCCUCUAGCGUUCCUCGCAACUAUCACUCUGUGUCGCUUCUGAUGCCCGAUGGUCGGGUUAUGAGCGGUGGUGGUGGACUCUGCUACGUCAACGGGGGCUGCAACGACGCCAAUCACCAAGACAUGCAAUUCUACACGCCACCUUACCUCUUCGACUCUAACGGCAACGCUGCUGUUCGACCCCAAGUUACGACACUGCGAUCGAGCCAGCAGAAUGGAAACCAAAUUCGAGUCUCCCCCGGUGGGACCUUGACGGUGACGUUGAACAGCGUUUCUGGUCUGACCCACGCUUUGGUUCGUCUAGGCUCGGUGACGCAUUCCAUCAACAGCGAUCAGCGCCGUAUCCCCUUGACCGUAGUGAGGACCAUCGGCAGCACGGUGACGUUGCGAGUGCCCAGCGACAACGGCAUUGUUCCACCGGGCUUCUACUACUACUUUGCCGUUGCCUCAAGUGGCUCGCACAGCCUGGGUCUGACGGUCAACGUGCUCAAGGGCUGA